AUGGCCGGUGCGGGGCAACUUCAGACCACUCCCGGCCAACAAGGCCAGAAGGAUCGGCGACGCCCUGAUCGAGAGAAAUAUCGGGAAGCAGCAGCCAAUAGGCAAGUGCGAUUGCAUGAAGCUGCCUGGGAUGAGUGCAUACGCCGCGAGCUAGCAGCCGCAGAAGCUGCUCGAGCACAAAAAGUGGCCACCGGGCGAGGCGAUUGCUAUGAGUUCAGCGUUCAAUACGCCACUUCCUUCGGUCAGAACCUCUACAUGGUGGGCUCCUGUGAAGAGUUGGGCAGCUGGACUUUGUCCCGAAAGGUCCACAUGGCAUGGACCGACGGCAACGUUUGGCGAGCAAAGUUGAAGAUUCCUUUGGAGCGUGGAGUCAUCGAGUACAAGUACAUUGUUGCGCAGGAAGAGUCUCGGUGUGCAAUUUCAGGUGUGAGCAGGACUAGUUAUUCUCUACGUACGGAAGGGCCGUAG